ACACCCCCCACCGUCAAGGGAGGAGGGAGCGCGGAGACGGACUGGAGGGAAGCACUGGCUGGCAGUCCUAAUGGCGGAGAAUGUGCGCUCGCCUUUCGACUACCGGGAGCCACCGACACUCGACAGCGACGGGGAUGGCAGCAAACCGCCGCCUCCUCGGGGCCGCGUUUGCGGGAGGAAGCGCAAGGGGACGCCGGUGAAGGUGUGCGACCGAGCGUAUGUGACGGAAGAUGAGGAGGACGAGAGCAUGUCUGAGCACAGCUACAGCCCAGGUGAGGGCCAAUAUCCAGAGGGCACCGAAGAUGGCCUCCCUCCCCCGGGGAGUCCCUACUACCUAACAGACCCUGCUCAGCUCUGGUAAGGAGGACCCGUUAUCAUGCGUGCCGGAGCUGGGCGAGGAAGGGGCGGGGAGCGUCCGGGGACCCGUGCUCUUCCACGCGCCGCCCAAUUGCCGCAUUCGAGAGGUGCACUGCGGGACUCAGGUGCGGCUGGUAGUCAUAGCGAUCCGAGAUAUCGCCAAAGGGGAAGAGAUCACGGUGGACUACAGCCUGACAGACUGGGGCGAGAAUGCCAUGGACGAAGAGGCCGGCCCCCACCCGCUGUCCCUCUCCGUAUCGGAUUACCUCACCCCCUCCUGGUCCCUAUCGCCCUCAUCCUCGCCGCUCACCCAUUCCGAGCCGAGCGACUCAGAUCGUGAGGAGGACGAGGAAGAGGAUGAUGACGACGAUGACGAGGAGGAAGAGGAGGAGGAGGAAAUAGAGGAGAUGAGGGGACGGAUGCUUCGCCGCCGCAAGAAGCGCAAGAUCCCCUCCUCGGACGACAGCAAGAAAAAAGGCGGGCCCACCUCUUCCCGGGGCCCGGGGCGCCCCUGCUCCUCCUUCUCGGCACCCACCGCAAGGUCAAACCCGCAGCCGGUCGGCGCCAUGGCCCCGCCGACCACCAAUAUCAACAAUAACAUCAACAUAAACAUUGGCAGCUCCAGCGGCGCCCCAGUGAGCCGGCGUCAACACUGUCUGUACUGCGGGCGCCACUAUCGGUCUUUGGCGCGCCACCUGGAGAAGCAUCACGCCAAUCAGCCUGAGGUGCGCUCGGCUAUGGAGCUGGCGCAUCUCCGCACGCACGCCAACGGCAAUCCCUCACCCGCCUCCACAACUCACAGUCAUUCCUUCGCGGUCCCGCAGCCUUCAGCCCCCAGCCCGGCACCCCCGCCCUCGCUCUUUGCCAGGGAGCGUGACUCACCGGGCACCCGCCCGGGCGCUGUUUCUUUCUCCCUCUCCGUAUCGCCGCCUGCUCAGAAGAAGGCGGCGCUCGGAUCAUCUCCGCCGACCACCAGACGCUCCACUCCUACGCCGACGCCCCGGGUUAAGAGCCCUACACCUCCUCCCCCAUCUCCUCCCAGGAGAGGUCGUAGGAUGAAGAGGGAGAAGCUCGAAGAGCAACAAAAGGUGGAGGCCGAGCCGGUCCAAGAAGACCUGGCUCCUCCUCCAACACCUGAACCGGACAUCGAUUUGGAAGAAGAUCUUGACCUUAGUGCGGAUGGAGACGGUGACACACCGGAGGAGAAGAACGGGGACACCAGGUCCCGGCGGCACCACAUGUCUCCGCUGCUGUCCUCGCUGUCCUCGCUGGUGACGUACCUCCAGCAGCAGCAGCACGCCUCCUUCCUGUCGCUGGGCCGCUCGCGCUCGGCCGAGGCUUGGCGCCAGCUGUGCCACGCUAGCCUCUCGCUGCUCAUCCUCUACAACCGCCACCGCGAGUGCGAGGUGGCCAAGCUCACCAUCCAGGACUACCGCAAGCGGGCCGCCCCGCAGGAGAGUUCCUGCGGCGGCACCGAGGCGCUCCUGUCGCCCUUUGAGCGCAGGGUCCUCUGCCACCUCCCGAGGGCGUGCGUCAUGGGAAAGCGCGGCCGCAUCCAGCCCCUCAUUCUGCCGCCCAACUGCGAGUCCUGCCUCGACCUGCUCCUGCAAACCAGCGCCGACGUGGGCGUGGACCCCGAGAGCCCCUACGUUUUCUCCCGCCCCUAUCACUCGCCCGCCACCCCGCUCCGUGGCACGGACCUCUUGAGGAACCUGGCACGGGCCAGCGGCGUCAAGAACCCCGGCGCCAUCACGGGGACUCGGGUGCGCCGGCAGGUGGCCAUCCUCACGCAGCUCCUGCUCCUGGAGGAGGGCUCAGCUCAAGGCGGCGCCACCAAGCGCCUGGAGAGCUUUCUGGAGACAGAGUACCACGUGACGCAGAACUGCUCCUCCAUCACGCGGGACGCCUCCCUGAUGGGGCAGGUGGGCCGCGUGGUUCUGUACGGCGAGAAGGAGGGCGUGCUCUUCCGCGGGAUGAGCUUGCAGCACAUUUGCCUGGAGCUGGACGUGAUGUCCGGCAACUCCGUCGACUCGUUCUCGGAAGGCUCGGAGGCGGAAGACGUAAAGGAGGAGGUGCCGGAAAAGGUGGAGGUGAUCGUGAAGAAGAAAGGUCCGGGCAGACCCCCGAAGAGAAAGAGGGCGCCAGUCGCGUCGGCAGUCAGCCCGUCAGCCGCCGGCGCUCCCAAAAGGAGGUUACCCAAAUCAGGGAAACGGGGCGUGGUGAAGCGUCCGUGGUCGGAGGCGGAGCGCGUCGCCGUGGAAACGCACCUCAACCGCAACCUGGCCGACCUGCGCGUACCCGCCAAGGCCGACUGUGAGCGCUGUCUGGAGCUUUGUCCGCUGCUCGUCAGCAACCACCGCGACUGGCGCGCCAUCAAGUUUUACGUGCACAACCGGAUCCAGCUGCUGAAAAAGCAGGGCAGACGCGAAAGUGCCGCCAUGGCCGCCGCUGCCGCUGUCUGUUGAGCUGGGACAAAAGUGGCGCGGUAAGGUAGCAACCACCAGCAAACGCUCUUUUGUGUAAAAUAAAUGCCCACGGGCAUCAUCGUCAUUGUCGUACACGGAAUAUGGAAGGACUACACUUGUCCUCUUUUAAAAUCAGCUGCACCCUUCGGUCUCACACACGAGAAAAAAAGCCAAAGAACAAAAAGUGGCGUUUGACUUCGGGGUGUGGCAGCCCGGCAAUUGUGCGACGUGGAUCAACUGCACAUGUAGUAGCAUCACAUGGGAGCCAUUUUGAUGACCAAACAAGAAUGUGUAAAGCUCGUCGUUCCGGCCUUUGAAAGCAGUGGCUCCCAAAUGGGGGACACCCGGUAGGCCGCCAAAACACUGCGAUAAAAUUGUUAUAUCAUUAAAAAAAAUAAGUGCAUAUCAACGUAUGUGGACUGAUGAAAAACAGUAAACUUUUUUUUUUUUUUAAAUUCAGACCAAAAAGCCCAUAUUUUCAAGAAAGUCUUGUUGUUGUUUUUUAGAUUAAUGGUUUCUUUCUGUUCCAAAAGGUGUAAUAUUACAAGUGGUAUUUUUGAAAUUACCCUGGUAAAACGCAACAUUGUUCCUUGGUUAAGCGGCGACUUUCCCGGUUUAUACCGCAGAUAUAUUAGAUUGAAAAUCUGAAAAUUUUUCGCAGCACAGUGGUUGGGAAUUACUGCUUUUAAGGCCAACUCAUGGACUUUGUAUCUUCUCAACUGGUAUCAUUUUAGGUAUAGUGUGUGUCUAUGUAUUAUUAUUAUUGUUAGUAUUAUUAUAAAAAGAAGUCUUUAACUAUGAGACCAGUGUGACGGCAGCGGCAGCAUACCUCUACAGAGGCUACUGAUAUUCAUCCGACAGAUAGGCUAUUGUAAUUAUUCCACAGUCGUGAUCUUAAAGUUUUUGUCUUUUAUGUACAUACUUUACUGUACAUAUUAUCUGUAUUAAAGUCAAUGACUGUGUUUUUUUUUUUAAACUGGAUUUUGAUGUGAGUUUUUGGGUACAGUUUCACAAUAUUUCAGGGAAGAAGGACUGAAUUGUGCUAAAUAUUCACCGUGAUUAAAGAAAUCACUUUUGUUGUUUUUCUCAA